AUGAGCUUGAUCAUUGGAAAACAACGUUCAGUGUCAUUGAGUUGUCUUGUUAGAUCUGCUGUUGCAAUGCCAGUUGAUUUAGAGCACAGAAUCAAGAACUUGGACCAAGUAUUCCAUGAGCAAUGGUCUAUUUUCAACAAAUCAAAUGUGAUCAUCAAAAAAUCUCUUGAGAACAAUAUAAUCGGCAACUGGCAGCAUAUUGAUGGUAUCCUGACUGUCUGCGAGCGUCGUAUCAAGACGAUUUGUGGAGACUAUAUGCGUGCAACUAGCUAUGAGGCUAUGAGAAUCAUCAACACCCGUAUGACUGAUGUUCUUAAUGUGAUUCUCCCAAUAAAAGCUUUUAUGGAAUAUGCCAUCAAAAGAUGUAAGGAAAUUGAGGAAGAAGAGUUGAUUGCUGCAGCAGAAAAACUGAAUUUUCCGGACAGUAAUGACUUGGGGGCCGUGGAACCGGUGGAAUUGGAGAUCGAGAAAGAACCGAUUUCGGUUGAACUUGCACCAGAAACAAAGACGGAAUCACUGGAGGAAGAUGGUCCGGGUGUUUCAAAGCCACAGAUCGAUGAUAAACCAUUAGAGGUGAAAAACUCAGCAGCUAAAGGAAUGGAGUUUCUGGAGAAAAACGACUCGGACGUCUCAAAGUUGGAUGUCCAAAAAGAGCUAGAAAUUGAAGAUGAAGAACUCCCACCGGAGGAGAAUGAUCUUCUUCUCAACGAAAAUCACAAUAAACCGAACGGAUACGAGGAAAAACCAAAGAAAAAAAACGGUCUUCUUUCAUGCUUUGGAUUGUAA